AUGAAUUGCCCCUCGCGGACUGACGACACUCUCGAAAACCCGAGCUGGAAUCAGAGUCCACCCCCUUUCAGUCCGGACACCACUACCCGGAAUGACUUCAAUGGUCUAGCCAAUUCCAGAGUCCAUCGCAGACAUGCCAAUUCUGCAAAUGCAGCCGGGGAUGAUCCGUUAUCCAUCGAUGACAGACCCAACAAUCAGCAAGAUCGAGACCCCGGGAAAGAAAAGGUGCCAAGCGGCGAAGUGAUCGCUGCCGACUCGGGAGGUGAUUCACCCCCGAGGAGCAGCGGAUCACCUCGCCAACCUUUUUUUACUUUCUUGACGUCUUCUACUCUGAACUGCGCUCGAAUUUUGGCUAAAUUCAGCCGUUUCAUCGGUCCUGGUUUCCUCAUCGCUGUCGCCUAUAUCGACCCCGGAAAUUAUGCCACCGAUGUCGCAGCCGGUGCAGACUUCAAGUACUCCUUGUUGUUCGUCGUUCUGCUUUCCAACCUAUUUGCGAUUCUUCUGCAGUCCCUGUGUAUCAAGUUGGGCUCUGUGACUGGUCUGAACCUGGCCGAAAAUUGCCGAGAGCAUCUUCCGAAAUGGAUGGUGAUUAUUCUCUAUAUCCUCGCAGAAGCGGCCAUCGUCGCAACUGAUAUUGCAGAGGUGGUUGGAUCGGCGAUCGCGUUGAACUUACUAUUGCAUAUCCCCUUGGUAGCUGGCUGUGCUAUCACAUUGGUGGAUGUUCUUUUCAUUCUCAUUUUCUACCGACCCAAUGGCAAGAUGUGGGGACUUCGACUGUUCGAGUUCUUUGUCAUGGCUUUGGUGUUAGGUGUUGUUGUUUGCUUUUGCAUCCAGCUCUCUCUCAUAAAGGACCAGCCAAUUGGUGAAGUAUUCCGCGGAUACCUGCCAUCUUCAGCCAUCGUUCAAUCAGAAGGUCUUUACCAAAGUUGUGGAAUCCUCGGUGCCACUGUUAUGCCACACUCUCUAUUUCUUGGUAGCGGCGUGGUUCAAUCCCGUCUCAAGGAAUUCGACGUCAAUUCUGGUUAUGUGGAGACUUCAGUGCCUCUAGGAAACGCCGACGGCGAAGUGAAAUAUCGCCCGUCGAUCUACGCAAUCCGCGGCUGCAUGAAGUACUCGAUCAUCGAGUUGUCGUUGUCACUUUUCACUUUCGCCCUAUUUGUGAACAGCUCAAUCCUAAUUGUCGCGGGUGCUGCUCUCUAUGACGUUCCUGACGGAGGCAAUGCCGACCUCUUCGGAAUUCACGACUUGCUCUCCAAGUCGAUCGCACCAGCUGCCGGCUUGGUAUUUGCUCUCGCCCUGCUACUAUCAGGUAUUUCCGCUGGAAUCGUCUGCACAAUCGCUGGUCAAAUGGUGAGCGAGGGGAUGCUGAACUGGACCAUCCGACCAUGGCUCCGAAGACUCAUCACCCGCUCGAUCAGUAUCAUUCCCAGCAUUAUCAUUGCUGCGGCUGUUGGUAAGGAGGGUCUUGACAAGACUUUGACUGCGAGUCAAGUUGUUUUGAGUGUUAUUCUACCAUUUGUCUCAGCGCCACUUAUCUGGUUCACUUGUCUCAAUCGCUACAUGACCGUUCGGACUGAAGAAGCUUCUGGGCGAGAGGGUGAAGUUGAAGUGGCGACAGUUCCGAUGCGGAAUAACCUACUCACUUCGGUGGUUACGGUCCUUGUGUGGGUACUCAUCGUUGUGAUGAAUAUGGCUCUGCUGGUGCUGGUGGGAAUGGGCAAAGCAUCUUAA